AUGCCUUGCCGUGGAAGAAAAUGUGUUGUGUAUGCGGUUGUCUGUGUGUGCUUUCUGAUUUGUAUCAGGUAUGUUACAAUAGGAAACACAUCACGCAUUGCUUCCCUCAAAGAUUACAGCUUCAACAACGUAUUAGUGAGCAACGAGAUAUACGCAUCAAGCAGAGUACAGUUGGACAACAGUCUCCAUUCAAACUUUUUAACCAAAGAGCCGAUGAACGACAGCCGGGAAUGGACUAUUCUUAUGACGGUCAACAAUGGUUACUUAGACUUUUUCAGAAACUGGCUAUGGUACUUCAAGAAACUCAACCUAUCAACACCGCUGAUAGUUGUGGCACAUGACGACUUGGUUUAUAAGGAACUUUGGGAUGUUGAUGUUUCUAAUUUAGGAAAUAUUGUAAUAGAAAGAAGCGCACUUGUGUCAAUCAACUCUUCCGUUAAUUAUCAAACCAAGCAAUUUAAUAUGCUCGUUGGCAAAAGGCCGUAUCAUAUACUUGACUUCCUGGAAAGAGGGAAGAAUAUUUUGUACAUCGACACGGACACCGUAUGGUUGCAGGCCCCAUUCCAAUACUUCACAGGCGACUACGACCUCUGGGUUCAGAUGGAAAGUGAUGCUUCCUUCUGUACGGGGCUGAUGGCGAUAAAAAGCGGGCCCCAUACGCUUGAGCUUAUCCGGGCCUGGAGAGAUAGGAUGAUUGACAUCGACAAUAAAAAGAACGACCAAGACGGCUUUAACGACAUAGUUCGUAACUUCUCAAGUAAAGUUAGAAUAAAGGGACUGGAUACGAAGAGAUUUCCAGAUGGGUUACAGUAUUUUGUGACGUUCAAUGAUAGACAGCGAGAAGACGUCGUUGUGGUCCACAACAAUUGGAUUAUUGGCCAUGGUAAAAAACUGGAAAGAUUCAAACGCAUGAAAUUGUGGUAUGAAGACAAACAUGACGGUACUGAAUAA